AUGCCAAUCGGACAUGCCAAUCGGACAUGCCAAUUGGACAUGCCUUUCGAAGGUGGAAAAAUCUGGCAGAGAAUCGUAGAAUUAUAUAUGAAAGGUAAUCUUACUUUCAAAACGGACAGACUUGUUGCCAUCGGAGGACUAGCAAACGCAGCGGCACAACACAUAGGGGGAAAAUAUUUAGCGGGAGUAUGGGAAAAAGACCUGCUAUAUGGUAUUCUUUGGAGUGCUCAAGAAUACCCGUUUCAUCUUUCCAACUUUACCGAAGCUCCGCUAGAGAAGCACGAAUAUACCGCCCCCAGCUGGUCUUGGGCCUCUUUUAGCGCAGAAAUAAAAUUUCCUUCAAAGGUCUAUGGAAGCGAAGUUAUUGAGCAAUUUUCUCAGAUCUUGGAAACACGUCUGGAGCUAGCAAUUGAUAACCCAUUUGGGAAAGUAUGCGGUGGAUAUAUCAAGCUCAAGGGAGAUAUCACUUCCGCUAAAUGGUGUGGCGAAAAUUUUUCUGGCAGGCAAUUUCUUAACGGUUUUGAACUUUGCUUCGGACGAGAUCGCAAAGAAUGGGGAGUUAAUAUCGGAGUACUGUUUAUUUGUGACUUUGAAGAUAUGACAGGAAUCGAGCUACAUGAAAUAUAUCUUCUUCCUGUUUGUAGAUUCCACUAUAAUUAUGGUCGCUGGGAGGUUGGAGGUCUCAUACUGUUCCCGACAAACAGAGUGAGAUGGGAGUUUCGAAGGCGUGGUAUAUUUAGGUAUUACGACGAUAAGGAACACGAGACUAUGAUGUCUGAAUGUAGUUCUUUCAGCCGCGAGCAGGAAAUUGAAUCGCCCGAACUUGGUCUACAAGAUGACGGACAAUUGAUUAUCAAGAUCUUUUGA